GAAGACUAAUUUUUUUUGGUAAGCACAGGUUGGAAGACUAUGAAGAGGAAAAAAUCGCUAUAAAUACAUAACAUCCUCUCAUUUCUUUGUUCACUCAUUUUUAUUCGAUAGAAUCGAAUCUCAAGGAUUCAUUCCACAAAUUAACCGAGAUUCGAUUUUCCAUUUUCAAAACAAACCAACCAAACAUGUCUCUCCUUUCAGAUCUCAUCAACCUUGACCUCUCAGAUUCCACCGAAAAAAUCAUAGCUGAAUACAUAUGGAUUGGUGGAUCAGGUUUGGACUUGAGGAGCAAAGCAAGGACUCUUCCAGGACCAGUUACUGACCCUUCACAGCUACCCAAGUGGAACUAUGAUGGUUCCAGCACAGGUCAAGCUCCUGGAGAAGAUAGUGAAGUUAUUAUAUACCCACAAGCCAUUUUCAAGGAUCCAUUCAGAAGGGGUAACAAUAUCCUGGUUAUUUGUGAUGCAUACACUCCAGCCGGAGAACCAAUUCCCACUAACAAGAGACACGCAGCAGCCAAGAUUUUCAGCCAUCCUGAUGUUGUUGCUGAAGAAACAUGGUAUGGUAUUGAGCAAGAAUACACCUUGUUGCAGAAAGAUAUUCAGUGGCCUCUUGGUUGGCCAGUUGGUGGUUUUCCUGGACCUCAGGGACCAUACUACUGUGGUGCUGGUGCUGACAAGGCUUUUGGCCGUGACAUUGUCGACGCACAUUACAAAGCCUGUCUUUAUGCUGGCAUCAACAUCAGUGGAAUCAAUGGUGAAGUAAUGCCCGGUCAAUGGGAAUUCCAAGUUGGUCCCUCAGUUGGUAUCUCUGCUGGUGAUGAGAUAUGGGCUGCACGUUACAUUUUGGAGAGGAUCACUGAGAUUGCUGGUGUGGUCCUUUCCCUUGACCCUAAACCAAUUAAGGGUGAUUGGAAUGGUGCUGGUGCUCACACAAAUUACAGCACCAAGUCUAUGAGAGAAGAUGGUGGCUAUGAAGUCAUCAAGAAAGCAAUUGAAAAGCUAGGAAAGAAGCACGCCGAGCACAUUGCUGCUUACGGAGAAGGCAACGAGCGCCGAUUGACAGGGAAACAUGAGACAGCUGACAUUAAUACCUUCUUAUGGGGUGUUGCAAACCGUGGAGCUUCGAUUAGAGUUGGAAGGGACACCGAGAAAGAAGGAAAGGGUUACUUUGAGGAUAGGAGGCCAGCAUCUAACAUGGAUCCAUAUGUUGUUACUUCCAUGAUUGCAGACACAACCAUCCUCUGGAAACCAUAAGCCAUCGAUUCUUCUACCACAAAACACACACUUGCAUUGAAGUAUUUGAAAGUCAUUGUUCCUCAUUAGAAUUUGGUCAUUGGUUUUCCUACCUAGGACUUACUUUGUGUUCUUGUAUUGUUCAUGCCUUGUUUGAAGGUUUGCUAUUGCUUGUUAUUUCUCUUGUUUUACUUAAGUGUCACAAUAAUAAUGUAAUGGUUAUUAUUAGUAAUAAAAUUAUUGUUGAUUAUGAUUAUUAA